AAUUGAGUUUUAAAGUAGAUUCAAUUGAUAAAGUUGGAGUUUAAAAUUGAUUUAGCUCCAUUUAUCUGCAUGUAAUGAAGGAUUUUUUUUUUGGGUGCUAGAGCUAAAAAGUUAUGUUACUAAAGUUAGAACUAAUUGCAGUUACAUGGUAUCUUAUUCUUAUGAAUGUGAUGUAAUUGCAGUUACAACAGUGGACUCUGCCAUUAAAGCUUUACAAUACCUUGGUAUGGUUGAAGAUAAAUUAAAGAGUUAUGAGACACCUGAAAUUCAUCAGGAUGAGGAAGUUAAUGUAAAUCUGAUCAUAACAGAUUACUGUAUGCCAGAAAUGACUGGCCAUGAUUUGCUAAGAAAAAUUAAGGAAUCAAAUUCUCUUAAAGACAUACCAGUUGUGAUCAUGUCCUCAGAGAAUGUUCCAUCAAGGAUCAAUAGAUGCUUGGAAGAUGGGGCUGAAGAAUUCUUUCUAAAACCAGUUCAACAAUCAGAUGUGAACAAGCUGAAACCCCAUUUAUUGAAAUCAAGAUCCAAGGAAGAAGAGGAAACCCAACCCAUCAACAAUAACAAGAGGAAAACAAGAAUCAAGUGCACCAUUUAAUAAGAAUUCUUAUAAAAUAAAAAAUUUGAUAAUACAUAUAUAUAUUAGGGGCAGUGGUAGUUUCUUAAUUAGAACAUUUUCCUUUCAUCUACUGUUUUCAUAUAUGGCAUCCCAAUCAAACAAAAUGAAAUUAGCUGUUCAGGAAGUCCCGGAUGUAAAUAGAUUCAUUAGAGAGAAGUGAAGAGAAGAGUAUAUUUACAUUUAAUUUUGUGGUAAACAUGGCAAUCAUGUUA